AUGGAUCAGCCCUCUUACCCCUACAGCCGAUAUCCCCAAGACGACCAAGAAGCAUACGACAGACCUGCGCACCCAGAAAUUGUCUCACAUCAUGGUGGCUACCCAAACCUGAAGAGAUCUUUCUCCGAAGCAGAACCACCUGCUUACCAGGAAAUUGUCCAGGAUCUCCGUGAUGACAGCUCCAAGAUGACAGCCAGCCACGAGCACAAGCUCUUGGCCUUCAAGAGAACACAGGAUAAACACACCAUUGUCGACCAGCAAGGCCGCAUGCAACAACUAGAGUUGUCCGCUCAACUCCACGGGAUGUUCUUCCUUUCCGAAAUGCCUGCGAACACAUCGGAUGGCUCGCUCAGACAGCCCGAGUUGACCUGUUACCGAAGAAAUCUUUUUCAAAUCAGCGGCACCCUUGUUACUCCACGAGGUCAACUGUCUGUGAUCACCGAAUCUGGCGAGACUGUUGCAGUCAGUAACAUGGAGGUUACUAUUUCUGCCAUUGAGUCUGUUGAUGGCAACCCGGUCCGAUUAAUCGUGAUUCCGUGGAAAACCCCUCCACCAAACUCACCAGAGACAAACCAAACCCCUGAUCAAGAACCGCAGUCUCUGCCCCUAAUUCCUUUCCAGGACGAUGGGACAGAAUCCGAUGGUGAAUAUGCCGUUUAUCCUAUCGGGUGGCGACGCCUUCAAUUUAGGAUUGCAACUGCAAACAAUGGUCGUCGAAAGGAGCUUCAGCAACAUUUCGUCCUCCAUCUCAAAGUCGUUGGAACAUUGGCCAAUGGUAACAAGACUGUGCUCACGGAAUCCACCACGGCGCCCAUCGUCGUCAGGGGGCGAAGCCCUCGUAACUUUCAAGCUCGAAAAGAGAUCCCUUUGUUAGGAUCCAGUGCAGGAUCCCGAGGACAAGCCCUUGUGGAAACUGGAGUGGGAGUUGUUGCGGGCCCCCUGAGCGCAAAGCACCAGGAAGCGAAACCAAGAGGCAUUGACGCCCAACUCCCGCGGACAGCCUUUACCUUCAACGCGCCAAAGAUCCCGGGUACACAAUUAGGCCCAAUACGAUCUAACUCAUAUCCAACUUGGGGGACACCGCCAGCCCAGGUUCCCUUGGGUCAUAUCCCAACCUCUGGCGCAGAGAGUUACCCUGCGGCGUCAAUGGGCCCUUUGGCUGGUACGGCUAGUUUCCCUGCUGAAUCACAAGGAAUGCCCAUCCAAUCAUCGAUGGAACCCCCUGUGCCCAUAUCCAUGACAACGACUGGCCCCCCGCAGUUAUCGAUACACACCACUCCGCUCGGAAGCCAUGAUCAGGCCAUGAACAUCCCUCGUUACGUCGAUAACCCAAGGCCGUUGAAAAGCCCACGACACAUGAGUCAUCCAUCGAUAAGGAGUGCGGGCUCAGUAGCGAACACCGACGCCUCUCCAGAAUAUCGAUACGCCCCGUAUGCCCCCGUGAGCUCGAGUUCUAGCGAGGUUGCACAGCCCAGCUACAACCCAGAAACGUCUGGGCCACCUUCAGUGCCUGCAAGAGACUACUACGCGCCUGCACACACCUGGACAUCAGCGUCUGGGGAGCAUAGUACGAAUCUGGCAUAUGCCAGCACUGCCGAGUCUCGACCAUACCCUUUCCCUCACGACGAGUACAAGAGUACGCCUGCGGGAUCGUCGCCAUCGAAGACCGAGUCGAGCCAGCCGCAGGGUUCGUCGGUCUACAACGGAGCCGCGAGAGGCUCUUUUGAUGCCAUGCAUCAAUAUUCCUGGAAUGGGAACUAG